UUUAGGCCUCUUGUCGCUGCCAUGAGUACUGGAACUUUUGUCGUGUCGCAGCCGCUCAAUUACCGCGGCGGGUCCCGCGUGGAGCCAGCAGACUUCUCCGGCACGGAGAAGGCGUUCGAGCCGGCGACGGGUCGAGUGAUAGCUACUUUCACAUGUUCAGGAGAAAAGGAAGUGAAUUUGGCUGUUCAAAAUGCAAAGGCUGCCUUUAAAAUAUGGAGUCAAAAAUCUGGCAUGGAGCGUUGCCGAAUCCUUUUGGAGGCUGCCAGGAUCAUAAGGGAACGGACGGAUGAAAUUGCCACUAUGGAGACCAUCAACAAUGGCAAGUCCAUCUUUGAGGCCCGGUUGGACAUUGAUACUUCGUGGCAGUGCCUGGAGUAUUACGCAGGCUUGGCUGGAUCCAUGGCUGGUGAGCAUAUCCAGCUNUCAGGUGGAUCCUUUGGUUAUACCAGAAGAGAACCACUUGGAGUAUGUGUGGGAAUAGGAGCAUGGAACUACCCUUUUCAGAUUGCCUGUUGGAAGUCUGCUCCAGCUUUAGCUUGUGGUAACGCCAUGAUCUUUAAACCAUCUCCCUUCACGCCUGUUUCUGCAUUGCUGCUGGCUGAAAUCUAUACUGAGGCUGGUGUGCCUCCUGGGCUCUUCAAUGUGGUACAAGGAGGGGCUGCGACAGGCCAGUUUCUGUGUCAGCAUCGUGAUGUGGCCAAAGUUUCCUUCACUGGAAGCGUGCCCACUGGCACAAAGAUCAUGGAGAUGUCCGCUAAAGGAAUCAAACCUGUUACCUUGGAACUUGGAGGCAAAUCUCCGCUCAUCAUCUUCUCAGAUUGUGUUAUGGAGAAUGCUGUCAAGGGUGCACUGAUGGCCAACUUCCUUACACAGGGUGAGGUUUGCUGUAAUGGUACGAGGGUGUUUGUGCAAAAGGAAAUUCUUGAUAACUUUACAGAGGAAGUGGUGAAACAGACUCAAAAGAUAAAAAUUGGAGAUCCCCUUCUGGAAGAUACAAGGAUGGGUCCCCUCAUCAACCGAUCACACCUGGAGCGAGUCCUUGGGUUUGUUAAACUGGCAAAGGAGCAGGGUGCAAAAGUGUUAUGUGGGGGAGACCUAUAUGUACCUGAAGAUCCCAAAUUAAAGGAUGGAUAUUACAUGAGACCUUGUGUGCUAACUAAUUGCAGAGAUGACAUGACCUGUGUGAAAGAAGAGAUCUUUGGGCCCGUUAUGUCCAUUUUAUCAUUUGACACUGAAGCUGAGGUCCUGGAAAGAGCCAAUGACACCACUUUUGGACUAGCAGCUGGUGUUUUUACCAGGGACAUCCAGCGGGCUCAUCGUGUAGUGGCUGAGCUUCAGGCUGGAAUGUGCUUCAUCAACAACUAUAAUGUCAGCCCAGUGGAAUUGCCCUUUGGUGGAUAUAAGAAGUCAGGAUUUGGCAGAGAAAAUGGUCGUGUGACAAUUGAGUAUUAUUCACAACUAAAGACUGUGUGCGUGGAGAUGGGCGACGUGGAGUCUGUUUUCUGA